UCAACACCUCCUCGGGACCACAUUUUGGCUGAGCCAUGUUGGGCCACUCGACUUCCGCCCUUCACCUUACUCGUUCAUUCAUGGACUGAUUCUCUUUUUUUCCUAUUCGACAUAUUCAAUGUGAACACCGGAUGCUCAUUGAUCAGUGCCGCGCCGCAUUCGUUAUCCCGCUUGGUCCCGUCAUCUCCGCUGUUUUGUUCGCAUGUUUUAGCUUCACGAUAGGAAGCCACAAACAUCAUCCCAACCGACCAUCCUUCAGCCUUGAGCGAGAUCCCUCGGAUUUCACGUCCUCCUCUCUUCGCUCACUUCACCAUCCACAAUGACAUCUCCUUACCAAUCAUCCAUCUCGUACUCGCCGUCUGUCGCUGGUCCCGACAUGACGGCGGGUACGUCCCGCGCCAUCUCCGACCUCCCACAAUCCCAAGUCGACGCGAUCAUCCGCACAAAACGCAAGGCGCGCGAACCCAAGGCCUGCUAUCCCUGCCACGCUCGGAAAGUGAAAUGUGACCGCAAUUUGCCCUGCGAUGGCUGCGUCAAGCGCGACCAUGCUGACCUCUGCUCCUACGAACGCCCCUCCAAGAAGCGCAUCAUGACCGGCACAAUUCAUCAGUACCAUAGUCCGGUGGGUGGACCGCCAUCCGCCCCUUCAGAGCCCAUCGUGAUUCCUCCCGAGCCCCCGCGCCCGAAACCAGAAGCGGCGGUCAGUCGACCGAGCUUGGCGGGGCAGGUAGGGCCCGGGCGGGUUUCCAUCGCGCGGGAGGAAUGGGACAACGUUCGCACCCGGCUACGAGAGAUGGAGCAGACGAUCAACACUCUGCGAGUUGGGCUUGAGAGGGCUGAGGAUGGACAUGGGUCUUCGCUAGAGACAGGAAGCAUACAGAGUGGUGAUGCCAGUAGUCGGUCUAAGGCUGCGUCGCCAGAACGGGAGGGUAUCCAUGCGCCCAACACCUUCGGUGAAGGCACGGUGCACCUUGGGUCGCGGUCUGUACUGGCCUAUAUACUCAAUAAUAAAUCUGGAUCCGACCAGCUUCAGGCGCUUCUUGAAGGUGGCAUUUUGCCGAAACUGGGCCUGGACAACGAAUCCGCAACGUAUCCGUUCGUGGAUCUCUGGUCAUCUGACAUGUCAACUUUCGAUAUCAGUGCCGUCUGCAGUGCACUUCCGUCCGAUCAGCAGUGCAAGGAUUUCUUCUACUAUUACCGAGACAUCGCAGGCGCCAUCUAUCCUGUCCUCGAGGAUGUCCCAGGAUUCGAAAUGAAUCUCCACCUCAUGCUCGGCAACAGGGCAUCGAUGGGUGGUGUAUACCGAGCCGAUGCCGACCAAGCCCAGAAGCCUUUUGGCGUGACUAUUGCUUACAUGGGAUUAUUGUUUGCUGUGCUUGCUUCCGGUUGCCAAUCGUCGGAUCUGCCAGGCAAGGAGAGAGAGCUGACAUCUCAAGUCUAUGUAUGCUGCUCGUACCAAUGUCUUCGGAUGACCAACUUCCUAUCGCAGCCAACGAUCGAUGCAAUGCAGACACUGCUUGUUAUCGGCAACGUCCUCUCGUACAACAUGAACCCCGGAAUUUCGUACGUUCUUCUUGGUAUGACGCUUCGUAUGGGUUUGGCACUUGGUCUGCAUGUGGAAUCCAGCAGAUUCUCGGCCGCCGAGCGCUAUCGCCGCCGCCAUGUUUGGUGGUCUAUGGCAUGGCAGGACAGCCACUUCUCGCUCUCCUAUGAUAGACCUUCCACAACCGCCGUGAGCCAGCCGGAAAUUGCAUACAAGGAUGACCCGAACCCUGGCGAAAUCUCGUACUUUGAAACACUGUGUCGAGUGAUUGGUCUGGCACUGGAAGUCGUUCGCAGCCGUAUGCUGAGUCCGCAUUCGCAGUUGAGCUACAAGACUAUCCAGGGCUAUAAGGAACGGAUCCAGCAGAUCAUGAUCGAGGCCAAACCUCACCUCCGGGACCGCAAGUACUGCCUCUCUGCGACUGAGCACCUCGAACGAGUCGUCCUCAAGCUGCACACCUCAUACUUCUCCUCCGAGCUCUAUCGCCCAGCGCUCAAGCUGGCGGGAGAAACGACUGACCCGGCUGCGGCCAGUAUGCGCGCCGACUGUGUCAACAAUCUGAUGACGACGGUAGAGGCGUAUGUUGAGAUGCAUACAGUUAGUUCGCACGCUUCUCGAUCGUGGAUUGCCCUGCAGCGAGCCAUCAGCUCAAUCUUCCUGUUGGCUGUCACGGAAGAAUCCAAGACCAACCCCCGAUUCUGGAGCUUGUUGCAGCAGCUGAAGAUGAUCAUCUCCGAACGGGCAAACGCCGAGCUUGAUUUCCGUUCCACUGAAGCCGCUGUUCCUCCAACGGAUGGUGCCGCGCCCCCUACCCUCAGCACUAUUCCACGAGCACUCAGCACUGCUGCCCCAAGUCCGGCAGGCCUGAACUCCGCAUCACCGGGGUCUGUCGGUGUCGGCGUCGACACGCAGACCCAGUGGGCCAAACCGCUGACCAAGACCCUCCGCGCACUGGAGAAACUCGAGGCCGCCUUCACAUCACAAGCCAGUCGCGCCGCCGGUCAAGCCGGCUCCCCCGCGUACCUCAACCCGCACGCUGGGUCCAGCAUGGGUGUCGCCGGUGUACCAGCCAGUAUGACCCCGAGCCUUGGAUCUCUUCCGCCGCCGACUCCGGAAAGUUCCACCAGCGGCGAGUGGUCCAUACCCAAUAUCUUGGAUCGGGCGGCCGAGUACAUCCAUCCACCCCUGUGGAGCUGAGAGAGCUUGUGGCGGAAAUUCUGUCGAUAUCAUUCCGGCGUUUUGUUUGGCUUUUUUAGCAUUUAUCUAGGUGGUGGGUUAGCUGGGACCGGCGAUCAUGAUCACUGCUGGCGCAUGUUUGUGGAGUUUGAAAAUUCUUUCCCGCUUGUUUCGUUAGAUACUCC